UAGGCGAGCGGCGGCGGCUCGGCCCGGCACCUGCAGCGGCGGCGGCUCCCGGGACCUGCCGCGGCUGUCCCGGUACCUGCGCCGCACUGACCCGUCUGCUGGGGCCACUUCGGCUCCAGUGAGGACUAGGAUGGUCAGCAGCCAGCCGAAGUACGAGCUGAUCCAGGAGGUGGGGCGCGGCAGCUACGGCGUGGUCUAUGAGGCGGCGGUGAAGCGCACGGGCGCCCGCGUGGCGGUCAAGAAGAUCCGCUGCCACUCGCCCGAGAAUGUGGAGCUGGCCCUGCGGGAGUUCUGGGCCCUGAGCAGCAUCCAGAGCCAGCACCCCAACGUCAUCCACCUGGAGGAGUGCAUCCUGCAGCGCGACCAGCUGGCCCAGAGGAUGAGCCACGGCUCCAGCUCGCCGCUCUACCUGGAGCUGGUGGAGACCUCCCUGAAGGGCGAGAUCACCUUCGACCCCUGCUGUGCCUACUACCUGUGGUUCGUCAUGGAUUUCUGCGACGGCGGCGACAUGAACGCCUACCUGCUGUCGCGCAAGCCCAGCCGCAAGACCAACACCAGCUUCAUGCUGCAGCUGGGCAGCGCCCUGGCCUUCCUCCACCGCAACCAGAUCAUCCACCGCGACCUCAAGCCGGACAACAUCCUCAUCUCGCAGGCGCGCACGCCGGCCGGCGCCGCCGGCGAGCCCACGCUCAAGGUGGCCGACUUCGGCCUGAGCAAGGUGUGCUCCGCCUCGGGGCUCAACCCCGAGGAGCCCGCCAGCGUCAACAAGUGCUUCCUGUCCACGGCGUGCGGCACGGACUUCUACAUGGCGCCCGAGGUGUGGGAGGGCCACUACACGGCCAAGGCGGACAUCUUCGCGCUGGGCGUGAUCAUCUGGGCCAUGGUGGAGCGCAUCACCUUCGUGGACGUGGAGACGCAGAAGGAGCUGCUGGGCAGCUACGUCCAGCAGGGCUCGGAGAUCGUGCCGCUGGGCGAGGCGCUGCUGGAGAACCCCAAGAUGGAGCUGCUGAUCCCCGCCCGGAAGAAGAGCAUGAACAGCCACAUGAAGCAGCUGAUCAGGGACAUGCUGUCGGCCAACCCGCAGGAGCGGCCGGACGCCUUCGAGCUGGAGCUCAGACUGGUCCGCAUCGCGUGCAGAGAGCUGGACUGGGACACGUGAGGGACCGGCCGGCCCCGGACGCCGCCGCCGCCGCCGCCAAGCACACAUCCGCUACAGUUCCCUCUAAAAACAACCCCACCGCCCUCCUCCCCUCCUCCACCUCCUCCUACGGGUUUUAUCGUGUUUGCGUCGGGAACAAUAACCGGUCCUCGGCUCAACCUUCAUCCACUGGGGGGGGGGGGCGGGUGUGACUCCCACUGCUGCUGCAGCUUCGUCUCAGGCUAAUCACGUCACAGCUUCCACUCUCUUCCCCACGCCGUCGCCGGAACGUGGCGGAAGAGCUAAAAACAAAAAAAAAAAAAACCAGGCCGUUGAGUUAAAAGAGCGACGGUCGGACAGCUUGUCUCCAAAUACCAUCUCGGACUCGGUGCUAAUUCUCACUAAAUGCAAUACGAGACGUCAUCCUGUGAUUUUUACAAUGUCUGUGGUGGAAUGUUUCAGAGCCGUUUACUGGCUUUGAUUAAAAAAAAACAAACAAAAACAGCUGCAGCCUGGUCGUAACCACCAGCAGAAAUCUUCACGUCGAGAUUUGAGUCUACUUUGGCAUCAAAUGCGGAAACGAACGCUCAGGUAUUAUAAAUAAAUAAACAGUACGAUGGUAUUCGUAGACAAACGUCUUCCGUCGACGUCCGUGUUGCUCAGCAGUCUUGGAGGGGGGGUGGGGGGGGAAUAGCUGCUUGUUUUUGUUUUGUUUGUUUGGUCAGCGUUUUGGAACACAUGGGUGGAGUCGGGUUUAUCAGCCAGUGGUCGCAGUUGGCAGUUUUUCUUCUUCUUCUUCUUCCCGCCCUUCUGCAGACAUCAAGAUAAGAGAACUGGUCCCUCUCACACCCCGGCCUGUUGACCAGAAUGUAUCCGGAGGAUCCAGACCCGCCUUUAUGAAGCCUUAAAAACUAGAAUACUGAACUGAACGAGCCCACAGGAUUGUGUUCAGAAACUGGUUUUCUUCAGCAGUAACGGCGAAGUGCUCGACAGACGGUCGAGAACGUAUCGAGUAAUUCAGUGAUGGUAGAUUUAAAAUUCUCUGGUGCGGCCCUGCCGAUGGAUGACUCCGUAUGGAUGCUCCUUAGCAGCGUUAGCAUCACAGUGGCUAAAGUGUUAGCAGUGAGGAAAUGAAAUCAAACAGCCUCGAUUAGUUUCCGAUAUGCCUCCACACCUGCCGAUCGCGACUAAACGAAAAAAUAAUCAGAUUACUUGACAGUGAAAAUGAUCGUUGGCUGACCUUUACUUGAUGAAUUCUAAUGGAGGCGUCUAAACGCAGAGAAAAGCUGGUGAGUCGGUUUAUCGUCUGGAUGUUUCUGCGUCGGUGUCUGAGCACAGCGUCGUCGCUGCUAAUGAAAACCAGCUCCGGGUUUCAGAAACGAGGGGUAGAAUCCGGACCACCUCUUGAUAAAGCGGCACCGGACUCAAUGUGACUUCCUAAACUCGCCUGCUCUCGGCGACGAGCGACAGCGACACGAAUCUCCACCUGAGAUCACUCAGCGACUCAUUUGGCUAAAGCACUUUCUCCAAAAACAAAAAUAAUUGACCUGUUUGUAUUUAUUCCUCUUUACUACCUGUGAUUCCGGAUAGGCAGCGAGAAGACGCUUCGCACGCCGCCCCGCCGCUCGCCGCGUUCUCUCUGACACGUCAGACGGCGGCGUUUAACUGGAUCUCCCCUCGCCGGCCGUCGCCCCCCCGGCUCGGGAUCUUACAGUAAUCCCCUUCUUCAUGCUUCCGACAGGCUAAUUCUAAGCCUAUUAAGUUGUUGCAGCGCUUGGCAGAGCAUCACGCUCCAGACCCCCGUUUUGCCUUUCAGGUCAUUCAUAACGUGUGCACUUUUUAAAAAAAAAAAAAAAAAACAAGAACCGAGUAGAACCAAACAAUCUUGGCAGGAAAUCAGACUUCCUUCAACUUGUUGCCAACAUGUUUCAAUAAGAUGGCCUUUAAUCUCCCCUCCUCCUCCCGGCUGAGCUCCAGCUGUCGUCAUGAUGCGAGGAUAAGAAUUUGCCUGCACUCUUUAUUUUGUUGUUGUUGUUGUUUCCACACUGGAGCGGCCUCGCCGGGUUUGCACUCAGACGGAAUUGGCAGACGCCGCGUUCUCACGAACCCCGUCAAGGUCCGGGAUGAAUGAGGCCUGGCGAGACGAGCCGAACCCGACGCCUUUCGCCAGGUCUGACUCAUCGGUAGUCCGUGAAAAAGAGAACGCCGCGACGGCAGUAUUAAAGAUUUGAGAAUGUGGGCGUGAGGGUCCUGCCGAGUUUGGACCGGCGGGUCGCUCGCCCGGCUCCUCCAGGCUUGAAGAGCAACCGGCGGGUAGGUGAGGUCGGCAGCGGCCACGCUUCCUCUCCGGCCUGAUCUUCCUCCGAGGUUGCCAAACCGAUGCUCUUUGUGGGGUCGUCGACGAGAUUUCACCCUCUGAUUUGUCAGUUCCUUUUUUUGCACAUGUGUAAAUACUGUAUAGGAUCGACGGGGGACGAACAAGGUUCUUGUACAUUCGGCCGCACGCGCUCCGUUUUCGAGAGCCGGGAAUCGCUGGUCGUGUAAAAUUGCUGUGACUGCUCAGAUGUUUAUUUUUAUUUUCGCCCCUCCCGGCGUCGGUCGACCGUCAAUCAUUGAAGAGAUGUGAUGUACCUACAGGUGAGUACAGUCGCUGUGCUAGUGCUAAUCGUAGAUCGGCCUCUUGUUUGUGAUGUGGUGUAAGCGAAACGCUGGUGUCCGUCGUGGGUCAGCUCCAGUCGUCCUGUCCGUCCGGUACGAGGGGGGAGGGGGGGGGGGUGGGGGGUUUCUCUGGAGACGGAACCAGUCUCCCCCGGGGGUUUUGUGGUCAUCCGUCAUGUCCACCCCGAUCCGGGGCCUUCGCGUAACGUACCAGCUGCUCCGCUACAUCCUGGAACUUGGACAUGUAAGUCACUGAGCGGAGGGAGGAAUGUUGAAACUGUUCUCAUCACACGGGUCUGCGGUAGAGGUGAGGAGGAGGCUUUUCCACUGUGACCCCGAACGGCAGGGCCUUCACACACCGGGCUAAAGGUUCAGGAACGUCUGUCCACCUUUAAAUGGGCUGUCACGGAGAAUCUGAAGAGAGAUAUUCAGUAGGCCUGCCACAAAGUUCACAAACCUUCGAGAAUUUCCUCAUUUUCUGCAUCUUUUGGACAUGGAAUGCGGUUUGAUUAAAUCCACUCAACACCACGCGGACGUCGUUGAUCCUGGUUGGAAAGUGAGCCUUUAAACCAAGGCCGGUUACCAUGAAGACGCGCCGAUUUUAUGUUUUCGUUUCAGAAAACAGCGUCCGCUUAUCAUGCCAGGCCACUAGUUGGUGCUGUUGGUUUGUUUUUGUCAUGAAACCACACACACAAGCUGCAGAGAACAAUUCACGAUCAACGUUACUAGUGGAGGAAACAGACACUCACCCAGCCAGACGAAGUUGGGUUGUUAUUCCCACCACCAAAGCUCGCCCUGCGUUCUACAGUCUGCGCUGACGAACCGUUUAGGUGGCUGCAGGUGGAGCUCUUUAACUCUUCUUAGCUCAUAUGGCUCACAGCAACAGAUGAGUCUUGUGAAAACCUAUUCAGACCCAGAUUUGCCAACUCCUGACUCCAAUCAGCGUUUAUUAGCUUAGCAUUGCACUCACUUUUUCCACCUGCAUAAAGUUUAAUAGAUAAACUUGAGAAACCUGAAGAAUUAUGACCUGGAUGAAGAAAAGAAAAAUCCCGUUUUAUGACCACUGAAUGCAGAAAAAGCUGGAAAAUUGAACCAAUGAAGGAGGGACUCGCUGAACAAUACCAGAUUUAAAAGUGUUGUUUUUGCAGGUGAACGAGAUAAACCCCGGUUUGUGAAGGCCUUCAGCCGUUUGUUACGCCUUUAAUGACAGGAGAGAUUUGCUGCUACGUCGGAUCCAUCCAGCUCGCUACGCACACCGCCACUUGAAGUCAUCGUUUGGCUCGUUUACGCCUGGGAGCCGAGGUUUCCGCGACACAGAGCUAGCUGCAGACCGCUGCUGCCCUCCACACUGCCUGUAGAAAACUGCUGCUCACAUGCAUGAGAAUGAAACUUUCACCAGUCUGCUGCUGUUUGAUGAUGGGUGGACGUAAUGAAACGCCAAGAGAGUGGAGACACCACACGGUCCUUCACUCUGUUGGUACAAAGAAAACAGACAGAAAGACAUUUUCUGAACGAAUGUAGACUUGAACAGCUGCCGAUAUGAUUGAGAUGCUUUAACAAUUGGGUUUUGAGUGUAAGCCUGAUGGCGUGAUGCUGGAGGAAAAUGAAAUCUGCUUGUUUACCUCAGGAUUUAAGAGUUUCAAACCUGAAUUCCUCACUCUAGGGUGUUUCUAACUGAGGGUAUUUACCACUUUGACAAUCCAAAUUUGUGCUGCAUUUACUUAAGACCAUGCUCGUUUUACCUCUUCUUUUGUUUUGGAAGAAAAAAAUAAAUGCAGAUUUAGUAAAGAUUCUGUGUGAAAACAGAUACAUUUAAUGUGAAUCUCUACAGUUGUCCAGGAUGCAGGAAUAAUCUCAUUGAGUCGAACAUUGGAUCUUAAACCGUCUAACCAGGAACUGUCACUCAACACAAGUAGCGUAUUUCCAUCUGUAUCCCUGAGGAGGACACGUGACCAGGAGGACCACUUCCUGGUUUCUUGUGUUAACAGGUGAUGAUUGUCAUCUGCGUGGGAUACAGGACUUUGGUGAAGUUGUAAUGAUUUUCACAGAUUGGGACGUCCGACAUCUCGGGUAGAGAUUUCCUGAUUAUGCAAUCAACACGGGAGACUGUGUCUUCAAGAUGCAAAGGAUUAUGGGAACUCCAGAUCCAAAGCAGUGACUUUAGUGAUACUGCAGUGAAUAAAGUGAGAUUAUUAGACAUCUUGGUUGCGGGUUUGUAAUAUGCAGACGGUCCCUGAACUCUGGCUGCACAUAGAGAUCAGUGUUAUUCCUGCUGCUCCAGAGACGGAUUCUUCCUGUUAAUUACCGUACUUUUUUUUUUUUUUUUUUUUUAACAGAAUUAUUGAUGCUAACAGUCCCAAUCUGUGGACACCAAAGUCUUGUAUCCUGUGAGAAACUAGAACUUGUUUUCUCUUGACUUGUCCCUUCAGGGGCCCUUAAUUAUCUGACAUGAAAUUUUAAAGUAAAAAAAAUCACUGAAUUUUAGUGAAUAAGGCGCCAAGCUAAUUAAACUGGCUUCUAAU